GCUGGAAUGCUUUGACGUCAGUAGCAGGCCAACCCAGGCCAGCGCUCAGAGCGGAUCAGACGGAGGUGAAUGCACGAAUAGGCUAGCCUACUGCAGAGAGACGCACUCACAUCGAGCAUCCCUGUUGCCUCGUCAUUUGCGGAGACAUCGGGGCACGCAAACACUACACACCUGGCACAGUCAAUACAACAGGGCGAGGGGAAAAUAUUGUGUAAUAGCGUUAUUAAGAUUUUAACACAUCAAGUAGGCUAGUAUUCUUGGUAUAGAAAGAAGUGCAUUGCUGUUUACAGUGGUGGGUCGCUCCACUAGCCUCAAGGAUAACGCAUUCUCCUAACAAUGGUAAUGCAUCAGUAGAGAGAGCCUCCAGCCCAACCCUCCCUCUCUUCAUACCGAGACCCCUCAUCCAGACUGAGACUGUCUCCAGCACCAACACACCACUCCCCUCACCCCGCCCUUGCCCCGCCCCACCCAGACAUGGCUGCUUCUAAGGGUGGCUACGAGGGCAAGAUCGCCGGCCUCUACGACCUGGAUCGCACGCUGGGGAAAGGCCACUUCGCCGUGGUCAAGCUGGCCCGCCAUGUCUUCACAGGCCAGCUGGUGGCGGUCAAGGUGAUUGACAAGACCAAGUUGGACACCAUGGCAACGGGCCACCUGCUGCAGGAGGUGCGCUGUAUGAAGCUGGUGCAGCACCCCAACGUGGUGCGGCUCUAUGAGGUCAUCGACACCGCCACCAAGCUCUACCUCAUCCUGGAGCUGGGCGAUGGAGGGGACAUGUAUGACUAUAUCCUGCGCCACGAGGGUGGAGUGGCCGAGGACACGGCUAAAGUUCACUUCGCCCAGAUCGUCCAGUCCAUCUCCUACUGCCACCGGCUCCAUGUGGUGCACCGAGACCUCAAGCCAGAGAAUGUGGUGUUCUUCAGGCAGCAGGGUACAGUCAAGCUGACCGACUUCGGCUUCAGCAACCUCUUCAAGCCCGGGACCAUGCUGAUGACCAGCUGUGGUUCGCUGGCUUACUCCGCCCCAGAGAUCCUGCUGGGGGAUGAGUAUGACGCUCCGGCUGUAGAUAUUUGGUCACUGGGGGUGAUCCUCUUCAUGCUGGUGUGUGGACAGCCGCCAUUCCAGGAGACCAAUGACAGUGAGACGCUCACCAUGAUUAUGGACUGUCGCUACACCGUCCCCGCCCAUGUCUCCGCAGACUGUAAAGAUUUGAUCUCCCGUAUGCUGCAGAGGGACCCGUCUAGCCGUGCCUCCCUGGAGGAGAUCGAGAACCACCCCUGGCUGCAGGGGGUCAACCCCUCCCCCACAGGGCACAGUGCCGCCCCCCUCACCUCCCACCGCAGCCUGUCCCAGGAGGAACACGAGAUCAUCCUCCACGCCAUGACCAGCGGCAACAUCGCUGACCGCGAUGCCAUCCAACAGGCUCUAGAAGCGGAUCAAUACAACCACAUCACAGCCACGUAUUACCUGCUGGGGGAGCGCAUCCUGAGAGACAAGCAGGAGCAGCCCAGCGAGAUCCCGAAAGUUGACAGUUCGUGGGCCGAGCCAUCACAACUCCAGAGGCCGCGGUCUGAGCCUCUGGAUCUGGAGCAGAGGGGGCUCCAUGGCCUGCUGGCUGGCUGUCCCCGCCGAGGGGUGUCUGAUGCUGUGGACUUCCUGACCCACAGGCCCCUGCUGCUUCAGCCACAGCCAAGUCGCACAGAGAGCCCCUUCCCUGAGUACAGCACAGAGCCCUGCCUGGGGCUCACCCUGCACCCUUCACCUCCUGACGAACCUCCACAGAUCAAGAGCCUGGGAGCCCUGCAGCUUAUCUGUGAAGAGGAAGAGGAGGAGGAAGAUGAGGCGGAAGAGACAGGCAAACCACAUGUUGGAUUUCAUAAUAUUCAAACACUGCCUCAUAUAAUAGGCUUGGUAUCAACCUCUGUGUCUACAGAACAGUCUAGUCCCAUGCUCACAGCUCCAGAGGCUUCACAGAGCCCAGUCAGAGUAGUCCCAGGUCAGGGAGAGGAAACAGGCCUGUUGGCCACCUCAGUGGAGGAGGCACUGGAGACAGAGAGGGGGGAGUGGGACAGGGAGCUGCAGGCCAGGGUUUCUAGCCACAGCAGAGAGAUGGAGCCUGACCAGCUGGCAGCCAUACAGGAACAAGAACAGGGUAUGAUGGAGUCAGGGGAGAAGCCCAUGGAGGAAGGAGACAUGUCAUGUGACCAACUGAGGCUAGGUAGUCAUUUGACUUCAGACCAGCCAAUCAAUGGUAGUUCGAUCAGCCCUAAAGCUCAACCUCCAUACCUGCCUCGCCUCGGGGGGGUGCAGUGUUGUUGUGGGCAACAGGAAACUCCCAGCCCAGACAUCAUAGAAGGGGAAGAUGCUAUUCUUAAAAACAACAACACCACAGAGUCCAAGCCUAAGCUCCUGGUGCAGGGUGGGGGGUCCACCCCAGGCGCCUCACCCCGCUCUCUGCCCCAUAACCACUGUGUGGACCUGGGCCCCGACGGGGUGGAGAUGACCCGCAAGGUGAGAGGGCUUGGUGGGGAGUCUGAAGGGGACACUCCGGAGGAGCUUCAAUUAGAGAGAUCCCACAAUGCACCACAGGGUCGCCUUGGGCCCAGGGAGACGGGGACCGACCCUACGUUCAGACUGGAUCCUGGAAAGGGGAAGAACGUGAACCUGAGAGACCGCCUGCUGCAGUUCCCUCUCUGUGAGAAGGCCCUUUCCUUCAACAUCCAGCCCACCUCCAAGGAGAAACUCCUACCCUUCGCCCAGUACAACUGCUGCCAUGUACUGUAGGCAGGGCCACCUGUAGAUACCCUAUACCUCCCACAUUACUCACUCUGUCCCCUAGCCAAGGGGUAGGAAUGGGCAUCACUCCAGACACCCUCACACCAGGCCCAGACCCUGUCACUGUUCCAUCUACUUCAACUUCAACACAAAACACUGGUGCAGACAGUAUGUAGCCUAUCUGAACUAUCGGUCUGCGUCCAACCUAAACGGAAUUAUCAUACUGUGACCUCAGACACGUUCCAGCCAAUUGUAGUUAGACCUGUGUGGCCCCCACCCUGACCUCUUCAUACUUAACGUCUACUGCUGCUUUCUUUGUGAGACAAAAACUGGACCUCAUUGUGCUGCUAUGUACGGGACUAUAGAAAAUGCUUUUUGUGUGGUCUUCUUAGACUAUCACUAUAUACUGUAGCUUUGAAUUGAUUGCUAUUUUAUUUGCCCUUGUAUCAUAGCUUUUCAUUUUGUACUAGCCUAUCUAGAACUGAGCCCAUUUUAGCAUAUGGUAUGUUGUCACUCUGAGGCCUGCUAGUACAGUGCUAUAAUUGGAAUGUGUAAGAUGAUGCAUGCUGUAUAGGUGAAAGCUACACUCCAUGCCUCAGGCGCCAUCCUUCGUUAGCUCAGCUAGCGGCAUGAUGGAAGGUGUGAUGAUGCUCUAGACAGUGUAGCUGGAAGCAUGGUAUAAUUUAAUGCGCGGGGUUACUUACGUCAAUGACAUUGUUGGUGCACUAAUGUGGGUGCAUUGUUGAAUCUCAGUGGUACACAGUAGUGCAGAGGAGAUGUGUCGGGCAGCGUUGCUCAUGGUCACGUGAUGAAGUAGCCCCGCUUGCGAACUUCAAAACCAGUGUCUGACCUUGGACCAUGGGGGAAUUUCCUCUUGGUCUACUGGCCUGGUUGCUCCCUAGGGAGACCCGCGAUGAUAUCCUGUAUGUUACAUUGGCGACCAACGUGAGGCGAUCUCUCGUGGGGGAGGAGGUCAAAGGGGGGUGAAUGUAGUGGACUUGUCGGACUUGGUUGCUCAUGGUCACGUGAUCAGGGUCUGCGUUGGGAGCCGUGGGAGACCAUGGUUCAUAUCACGUGUGUUACAGUAGCAAGGCUUGGGAUCUAAACUGAAUGUAAGAGCAACACCCAGGGAGAGAAACAUUUUUGGACAGAGUUUCAUAAUGGAGACUUAAAAAUAUAUACUGCUCAAAAAAAUAAAGGGAACACUUAAACAACACAAUGUAACUCCAAGUCAAUCACACUUCUGUGAAAUCAAACUGUCCACUUAGGAAGCAACACUGAUUGACAAUAA